AUGACGGUCGGUGUGGGGCGCCGAAAGCUUUCGCCGGUGCUGCUGGCGCUCUGCAUCGCGGGACUCGUCCGUUCCGCGACGGCGGCCCUCAACACGCCCACGUGCCCUGCGGUGCUGGACGCUUACACCGGCGGGGCGUCAUCGGCUACGCUCAACGGCGGGCAGCAGCACACGUUCUCAGCCACCGGGGUCAUCCAAGUGAGGCUGGACCUGACCUUCGGCUCGGACGUGAACACCAAUCAGGUAUUUUUCCUUUUCGGCGCGCCGUCGCAGUGCGGCGGCCUGAUCGGGGACGUCACGACGGGUGGCAACCUUCGACUCUCCGUGAAUUGCAACUAUGAUUCCUCGGAUAUUGGUUUGACCAGCGGGACUGGGGCGGUGUCGCCGAACACCAGGUACGUCAUCGACUACGUGUACAAUCAGGUGACCAAGCUCGCGGAGAUAUACUUGGACGGCGUGCAGAUAGCAUCCGGCACCAAGAACUGGAACGAGAAGUUGUUGGACGGCUACAUCUCCGUCGGCGAUGAAGCUCACGCAUCAACCGUCAAUGCGUUCCAGGGCACUUUGCACGAGGUGAGCAUGUACGACUGCGACUACGGCUGCGGCUACGACUGCGGCUACGAGCCCUCGUGCGCGCCCGCGUUCACGUCCACGGCGGGGUAUCAGACGCAAGUGGGCACGGGCACCACGCACAAUUUCGACCCGGCCGGAUCGAUUUACAUGCGGGCGGUGGUCACAACCUCGGACGCGUGGGGGAGCGGCUCGGCGCAGACGGUGGCCAUCUGGGGCUCGGUCGCGUCCAACGGGUGCGGCGGAUGGCGAGGGUGGAUCGAAAACAACAUCAUCGGCAUGGAUGUUCAGUGCAACGGAGGGACACCGGGAUCUGAUGCCGGCGCGUCCGUCGACCUCACCUCGCUCGGCGGGCUCUACCUGAACACGCUCUACACGCUGGAAUUCUUUUACGACAUGACACGAAAUAAGGUCAAGUUUUGGGUGAACGGCGUGGAGGUCAGCCCCGCGGGUGGGAUAUCGAGAAACUUCUAUCCAACCGACGGGUAUCUAUCCAUCGGCUAUAGCGGUCACGGCGGCAGUUCGCCUUACUUCGGGGGCUACACCACAUCCGGCACGAUUCAUGAACUGUCGGUUUACGACUGCAAACCGCCGCCAGAGCCGUUCACGGACCGGGCCGCCCUGAAGACCGCGGUGGACAGCUGCAUCGCCGACAGCGGUGACGGCACCGGCGCGACGUGUUGCUCAACGGACCUGGCGUGCCAAGACCGAACAAACACCGUCUAUCGCUGCGGCGCGGCUGCGUGCACCGAUAUGCCGGAUUGGGACGUGUCGCUGGUGACGGACAUGUCGGAGCUGUUCAACUCCAAGGCUCAGUUCAACGCGGACAUCUCGGCGUGGAACACCUCGCAGGUCACGGACAUGGUUUCCAUGUUCAUAAACGCCGCCGCGUUCAAUCAAGCCAUCGGCUCGUGGGAUACCUCCAAGGUCACGGACAUGCAGUGGAUGUUCUAUGGCGCCACCGCGUUCAAUCAACCCAUCGGCUCGUGGGAUACCUCGCAGGUCACGAGCAUGCAGUCCAUGUUCCAAUCCGCCGCCGCGUUCAAUCAACCCAUCGGCUCCUGGGAUACCUCCAAGGUCACGAGCAUGGUGGGGAUGUUCUAUGGCGCCGCCGCGUUCAAUCAAGCCAUCGGCUCGUGGGAUACCUCGCAGGUCACGAGCAUGGUGGCCAUGUUCCGCAACGCCGCCGCGUUCAAUCAACCCAUCGGUUCGUGGGAUACCUCCAAGGUCACGAGCAUGUCGCACAUGUUCUAUGGCGCCACCGCGUUCAAUCAACCCAUCGGCUUGUGGGAUACCUCCAAGGUCACGAACAUGUGGAACAUGUUCUAUGGCGCCGCCGCGUUCUACCAGGACAUCACUGGCUGGAGCAGCGCGUCGCUGACCGACUCAACCGACAUGUUCCUCGGCGCCACCGCGUGGCUCGAUCGGCUCGAGCGAGUCGACGGAUCCACCGACGGCCCGAUCAGCCAGUGGGUCCACAUGCCGUGCCUGGUGGACGAGCGGGCGCAGUCCGGGUGGUGCGUGCCGUGCGGCGGCAUGUUCUCUCUGAACGCCGCCGGCGACGACCCGGCUGCCGGCGGCGACACCGUCUGCGAUGGCGACAACCAAGGCCUCAAGGACGCGGUGAACGCCUGCCUGUCGGUGGUGCCGAGCGGCGAGGCGUGCUGCUCGACGGACCCGGACUGCACCGACCCGAGCUCGGCGCGGUGCAGGAGCGCGGGGUGCGUGGACAUGCCGGAUUGGGACACGAGCCUCGUGACGGACAUGUCGAAGCUUUUCCUGGAUUGCUCCAGUGGCGAUUCGUGGUGCGGGGGCGUCGCCUUUAACUCGAGCUCAUUCAACGAAGACAUCGGCGGGUGGAAUACCUCCAAGGUCACGAGCAUGAUGCAAAUGUUCCGUGGCGCCGCCGCGUUCAAUCAACCCAUCGGCUCCUGGAAAACCUCGCAGGUCACGAACAUGGGUGCCAUGUUCUAUGACACCGCCGCGUUCAAUCAAGCCAUCGGCUCGUGGGAUACCUCGCAGGUCACAAACAUGGGGCACAUGUUCCUUGGCGCCGCCGCGUUCAAUCAAGCCAUCGGCUCGUGGGAUACCUCGCAGGUCACGAACAUGUGGCACAUGUUCGAAAACGCCGCCGCGUUCAAUCAGGACAUCACCGGAUGGAGCAACGCAUCGCUGACCCUCUUCAACGACAUGUUCACCGGUGCCACCGCGUGGCUCGAUCGGCUCGAGCGCCGCGACGGAUCCACCGCCGGUCCGCCGAGCGAGUGGUACGUCGGGCCUCCCGACAGCGCCGCGCUCAAGGACGCGAUCGCCGGGUGUCUAUCGGCGGUACCGAGCGGCGAGGCGUGCUGCUCGACGGACUCGAACUGCGCCAACUGGGUUAAUGACCUGAACGACCCACCGCGAUGCGGGGUCUUGGGGUGCGUGGACAUGCCGGACUGGGACGUGUCGCGGGUUACAGACAUGUCGGAGCUGUUCAGAUCCAAGGCUCAGUUCAACGCGGACAUCUCGGCGUGGAACACCUCCAAGGUCACGGACAUAAGUUACAUGUUCACUGACGCCGCCGCGUUCAAUCAAGCCAUCGGCUCGUGGGAUACCUCGCAGGUCACGAAUAUGGUGAACAUGUUCAAUGGCGCCGCCGCGUUCAAUCAACCCAUCGGCUCCUGGAAAACCUCGCAGGUCACGAGCAUGUCGGGUAUGUUCUGGGGCGCCGCCGUGUUCAAUCAAGCCAUCGGCUCGUGGGAUACCUCGCAGGUCACAAGCAUGUGGUACAUGUUCAAUGGCGCCGCCGCGUUCAACCAAGCCAUCGGCUCCUGGGAUACCUCCAAGGUCACGAGCAUGUCGGGUAUGUUCUGGGGCGGCGCCGUGUUCAAUCAAGCCAUCGGCUCGUGGGAUACCUCGCAGGUCACGAGCAUGUGGUACAUGUUCUAUGGCGCCGCCGCGUUCAAUCAACCCAUCGGCUUGUGGGAUACCUCCAAGGUCACGAACAUGUGGAACAUGUUCUAUGGCGCCGCCGCGUUCUACCAGGACAUCUCUGGCUGGAGCAACGCCUCGCUGACCACCUCCACCGCGAUGUUCGCCGGUGCCACCGCGUGGCUCGAUCGGCUCGAGCGAGUCGACGGAUCCACCGACGGCCCGAUCAGCCAGUGGGUCCACAUGCCGUGCCUGGUGGACGAGCGGGCGCAGUCCGGGUGGUGCGUGCCGUGCGGCGGCAUGUUCUCUCUGAACGCCGCCGGCGACGACCCGGCUGCCGGCGGCGACACCGUCUGCGAUGGCGACAACCAAGGCCUCAAGGACGCGGUGAACGCCUGCCUGUCGGUGGUGCCGAGCGGCGAGGCGUGCUGCUCGACGGACCCGGACUGCACCGAUCCGAGCUCGGCUCGGUGCGGGAGCGCGGGGUGCGUGGACAUGCCGGAUUGGGACGUGUCGCUGGUGACGGACAUGUCGGAGCUGUUCAGAUCCAAGGCUCAGUUCAACGCGAACAUCUCGGCGUGGAACACCUCGCAGGUUACGAACAUGCAGACCAUGUUCCGUGGCGCCGCCGCGUUCAAUCAACCCAUCGACUCCUGGAAAACCUCGCAGGUCACGAACAUGGUGAACAUGUUCAAUGGCGCCGCCGCGUUCAAUCAACCCAUCGGCUCGUGGGAUACCUCCAAGGUCACGAGCAUGUGGGAAAUGUUCCGUGGCACUGCCACGUUCAAUCAACCCAUCGGCUCGUGGGAUACCUCGCAGGUCACAAGCAUGGCGCACAUGUUCCGAGAAACCACCGCGUUCAAUCAACCCAUCGGCUCGUGGGAUACCUCCAAGGUCACGAGCAUGGGGUCCAUGUUCAGUGCCGCCGCCGCAUUCAAUCAAGCCAUCGGCUCGUGGGAUACCUCCAAGGUCACGAACAUGGUGUACACUUUCUUUAAUGCCGCCGCCUUCUACCAGGACAUCACCGGCUGGAGCAGCGCGGCCAGCUCCACCGGGAUGUUCAGCGGCGCCACCGCGUGGCUUGAUCGGCUCGAGCGCGUCGACGGAUCCACCGACGGCCCGAUCAGCCAGUGGGUUCACAAGCCGUGCUUGAUUGACGAGCGGGCGCAGUCCGGGUGGUGCGUGCCGUGUGGGCCGAACUUCAUAAACGACAAAGGGGACAUCCCGGCUGACGGCGACACGACGUGCGACGAGAUGACGUGCUGUCAGGCAAAGAUGAAAAGGUUCGGCAUGAUCAUCAAGAGGAAGCCCUAG